AUGUCGCAGUGCGUAGACGGUUUCAAGCAUGUAUGCUCCUCUUUCUUCCAAUGUUUUGAUAUCGACAUAUACAAACCAGCUGGAGGCGUUGGAGACCCUGAACUCCUUGCAAGAGAGACAGUUUUUAGCGUGAGUGAAAUAGAGGCUCUCUAUGAGCUAUUUAAGAAAAUCAGCAGUGCUGUGAUUGAUGAUGGACUGAUAAACAAGGAAGAGUUUCAACUAGCCUUAUUCAAGACAAAUAAAAAAGAGAGCUUGUUUGCAGAUCGGGUAUUCGAUUUGUUCGACACAAAGCACAAUGGAAUACUGGGAUUUGAAGAGUUUGCCCGUGCUCUCUCUGUCUUUCAUCCAAAUGCUCCUAUAGAAGAUAAGAUUGACUUUUCGUUUCAGCUAUAUGAUCUUAAGCAGCAAGGUUUCAUCGAGAGGCAAGAGGUGAAACAAAUGGUGGUGGCUACUCUUGCUGAGUCCGGCAUGAACCUUUCAGACGAAAUCAUAGAGAGCAUAAUCGACAAGACGUUUGAGGAAGCUGACACAAAACAUGACGGGAGGAUCGAUAAGGACGAGUGGAGGACUCUUGUUCUUAGGCACCCUUCGCUUCUAAAGAACAUGACUCUCCAAUACCUUAAGGAUAUCACGACUACGUUUCCGAGCUUUGUGUUUCACUCGCAGGUGGAAGAUACCUGA